AUGUCAUUAUUAGCUUCACGAGCUCACAGACAGACAUACGCUUUCUUGAUUGGCAAGCUUCAAGAUGCCCACCGUCUACAUCCACAAGCACCAAUUGCAAGCCUACCUCAGACGUCCGUCUAUUAUUCUAUGCCUCCUUCGCAGAAAUUCACUAUACACUAA